AUGGCCGUCCGAUAUGGAGCACUGACCCCCGAGGUCCUAGACAUCUGGAUACACGAAGGCAGUCUCAAAUGGGGCUUGAAGAACAACGAUCUGCGUGGGCAGCGCGUGAAGCGCGUCGUCGUGGGCCUCGACAGGCUGCGCAGCUUAGUGAACACAGAUUUGCGGAGUACAGCGCGUGGGUGCCUUAAAGGCCAGGACAAUGCAAAUUACUUCAAUGCCCGCCUGCGCUGCCAUCUAGCGAACCAGCGUGUCGAGUUCUCAGAAGCGAAGCUGCUGGUCAAGGGUAAAGAACAGACGAGGGUCAGCGUUCUGGUCCUGCCAGACGGCACUCCCCCGCUGCUGACGGGCGCGGUCUUGAGCCCACUGCUGUUUCUGAACUGGCGUGCGCGCCCCGUGCACACAGCGGAGCCGUCGGGCAAGAAGGCCAAGACCUGCAAAGCACCAGAUCAGGGGAUUGGCGCCUUGGGUCUAGAAGCACCUGUGCAGGCCGGCCCGGCGGGAGGUAUGGUAGCCAUGCUCACCGGUGACGCCUCCCCUUUGCACGAACCCCCGGCUUUCUCCCCCAUCGACGACCCAAUGCCGGACAGCCCGCCGAUCGCGGCGCCCCUGGACUUGCUGCAGACUGCCACCCUCGAGACUGCGGCGACGAUGGCUUUUUACGCGACAUCUGCCAAGGAGCUGCCUGGCCCUUCUGUGGAUCCUGGCAAGCCUCAGAGCUUUGGCCAGGGCCCCGAAGCGACUAUCCCCAUCCUAGGCAGCGACCCGCCCGUUUCCAUCUCUUUCCGAACCUCCAAGUGGUACACGGCGAACGUCGAGGUCCUGCAGGAUCCGGACUGCCCGCAGAAGAAGAGCGUCAGGGGCGACCAUCUUGCGGACCUGUCCAACGACAUUCUGCUCUGCAUGAAAGGCAAGCCGGUCGGCAAACACGUCGUCUCCGUCAAGGAGAGGCCCUCUGUGGACGGCGGCGGCGAGAAGUUCAUCGAGCACUUCGCGGAGCAGCACAUGGGCGCCAGUGUCACGCACUCGGCUGGCGAUCUUCUGAACGGGCUCUGGUGGGGCCCCAAGGGGCCGCGGGAGGGGGCCAAGUUCGUUGUCGACGUGCAGAACGUGGCCCGUGUGGGUGCUUCCAAGGAGUACGGCCAGCCGCUCGGCCCCUACUUCAAGGACGUGGAUGCGGCCUUGUUCCUGCCGCCGGAGAUCAUGGACGCGCUGGUCGUAAUCUACCGCAUGAUUGCGGGGGACGACGACCUGUUGCGCUUCCACCCCCCGCUCCUGGGGGUUGCAGGCGACCGGAUCCUGCUGUACUUGCCGGGCUUCCUCAGCAUCGCCAUCUUCCAUUGCGAGGAGUGGAUGUUCAAGGCGUACAACCCGAGCCUGUGCGACGUUCUGGGGCCGAUGCUGAAGCGAGCCGAGGAGGACGUCUCCGUGUGGACCUUUCUGGAGACCACCGACACCGAGGUGCUGGCGCGCAUCGCGCGGGAUGCGGCUCCCAUCAUGGGCAUGUCCAAGGAACGGUCGUCUCUCGAGGCGUUCUGCCACGACAAGGACCGCAUGCUGAAGGCACCGCGCCCAACUCGGAAGGGCAGGAGCAAGCAGGCGGCCGCGUCGAGGCGCUCUGUGCUUGGCGACGUCCCGCUCCGCGUCGUGGUCCAGAGGGUGAUGGAGAUCAUCGACACCAACGUCCCGCACGCUGUCUUUAUUCUGGGGGGCCUGCGUGUCAGCUGCAACCACGCGACCCCGCAGCACAUCGAGAUCUUCGGGCUGAAGCACCGCUACACGAUCCGCAGUCAGCGGCAGGAGGCGCUGCUCAACGCGAUGGACCGCAAGCAUGUCUGGAAGGCUCGGGAGGAGUUCGAGGCCUUCGAGCGGCUGGUGCAGAUCUACAUCGACGACGGCCGCCGCACGCUGGAGCUCGCUGCAAAGGACCCCGAUUUCUAUGAGAUCGUCGAGCCGCUCGUCGCGGCGCUGGAGCGAGCGCGGUUGCCCAUCGACACAUGCGACGAUUUUGUCAACUUCUCGCGCACGUACCUCUGCAACAUCUGCGGCUUCGACAUCCAGCACAUGAAGUCGGUGUUCAACUUGGACAUCUCGGACCCCGAGCCGCCGGAGUUUGAGGGCGGGCCCGAGGACCCGGCGCUCUGGGAUUUUGACGUGUGCUUUGACUGCAUGGAGACAGUUAGGGAUCUAGGUUCGAGGAGGCGGCCGAUUACCAUACUCCCUAAGAAGGUGCAGUUGGUGGUGUUCUUCGGUCCGGAUGUGUUGCAGGCGAAGUUGUCAGAGCACAGGCGGAUCAAUAGCUGCCAUUGUGACGCUUGA